AUGGAACGCAGAGAGUUGGUCGGUGGUAAGAAGCUCCAACAGGAGAAGCAGAAACUGCCGCACACCGUCUUCUGGCACCGGCACGGCACCGGCUCGGCAAGCGGGCGAAUGUCCAGACGGCAGGACCUUCGCCCAUAUGAGCCCCAAGCUCGCCAAGCGGUAUGUAUUUUGGCCAUGCCACCCAACCUAAGAUGUCUAGUCCUCCGACAACUCGCAGCCUCUCGACCCGUCGCAGUUGCUGCUCCGAUCUCCUCCAUCCGUCCCUUCAGCUCCACGACAGCGAGCCCAGCACGACAACGCUUGUCGAUACGAUCUACAUCACGACCUCAGACAACACAGACAAAUAAGCCCAAGGAAAAACAAUCGGAGAAGCCCAAAGAGAGACAACCUGAAAAGCCCAAGCCGAAACAACAGGAGAAGCCCAAAGAAAGACGAUCGGAGAAGCCGAAAGCGAAGCAACCCGAGAAGCCAAGAGUGAGGCAACCAGAAAAUCCCAAGCCGAAACAACAGGAGAAACCCAAGGAGAAACAGCCAGAGAAGCCCAAAGAUACACAAGCCGAGAAACCCAAAGAAACCCCCAAGAAAGUCAAAAAGACAGGCCCAGUCGAGAAAGCGCCCUCCUCCUUCUCCUUCCUCCCACCCCCCUCCAACGACCCCAACCAGCGCGCCCUCCCCGCUCCCGCCCCGACCGCCAACUCCCUCUUUGCCGCCACCCACAUCUUCACCUGCCAAAAGCCGUACUUCAUGUACGCCGCCCCUCGCUUCCUCAACUUCCCCGUCAACACGCACGUCCCGGAAGUGUGCAUCCUAGGCCGCUCCAACGUGGGCAAGUCGACUUUAAUCAACGCCCUUUCAGGCGCCGCCGGCGCCGCCGCCGGUCGCGCGCACGGUCUCGAAGCGCGCCGGGCCGGCCGGGCCAUCACGUCGGCGCACGCGGGAAGCACCAAGACGAUGAACGCGUACGGGUUCGGCCCGCCGCCGAAGGUGGCGCCGCCCAAGAAGGAGGCGGAGCCGGAGGCUGGGGAUGAGGGCGGCAAGAUUAAAAGCAGGUCGGAGAAGAGGGAGGAGAAGAACAAGUUUAGUAAGGAGAGGAAGCCGACGAAUCAGUUGAUUCUGGUGGAUAUGCCCGGUUACGGGUUUAAUUCGCAGGCGGAGUGGGGCAAGGAGAUUACCAAGUAUCUGGAGAAGAGGAGGAUGUUGAAGGGGGCGGUGGUGCUGAUUGAUUCGGUGGCGGGGGUCAAGAAGGAUGAUAGGGCGGUGUUGGGUAUGUUGAGGGAUGCGGGGGUUAGGACGACGGUUGUCUUGACCAAGGCGGAUAAGAUUGAGUCGAUGGAGGAGUAUCGCCAGGGCCAAGGGAAGGAGAGGGAAAAGGGGUCGAUUGGGGAUAUGUGUGUUAAGGUGUGGGAGGAGCUGAGGAAGAUUGAGGAGGAGAGUUUGACGUGGGUGGAGGGUAAGGGGUGGGAGAGGGAGCUGUGGGUUACAGGCGCGGGUGACCCGAGGAAUGCCGGGUUGGGUAUUGCAGGCGCACGACUGGCGAUUGCGAAGAUGGCCGGUUUGGUUAGGGACGAGCGGGCGCUGGAGGAUGAGGAGGCGCCGGAGCUGGGAAGUGUGGUGAACAAGCCGGCGCCGACGGUGAGCAAGAUCAUACCGUUUGAUCAAAUUGUGUGGGCAACGCCGCAUCAGGGGACAGCGGGGUCUAAGGGAGGCCGGGAGAAAGCGUCGUUCUAGGUAUGAACGAUUGGAUGUCAGUUGGAAAGUCACUGUAUUAUUUAUGUACCAUUUGAAGCAAUGCCAAUAGACUUGAUACCCCUUGGAACGUGG